AUGAGGUCAUCUUCGCCAACGCCUCGGCGCGCGGCUGCCCCGUGCCCGACGAGGCCGUCCAGAUGGACGAGGCGCGGCGCCUCCUGGAGACCACCCCCAUGCCCGGCGGCCUCGGGCCGCCUCCGGAGGUGGACCCCGCCAGGUGGGGCGCGAUGCUGGAGAGCUUCAAGAGAGUCAUCGGAGUGGGGAAUUAAGACGAUCAUGGAGCUCAUGCCCCCCAGCUACACGCGGGACGUCUCCUGGAGCGCCGAGGAGGGGCAGCCGCGGGUCCGGGGCAGCGCCUCUGCGCUCAAGUAUUUCGCGCAGCAGCUGUUCUACGCGAAGGCCUCGGGCGUCGACCCCGACGGGAGGUCCAUCACCUUCGGCGGCCAGGAGCUCAACGUUAGCAUCGAGGAGCUCUUCCCUCUUUACUCCUGGGAGGCUUACUUUCAUCAGGUCGAGACCGGCCCCAGCCUGAAGGCCGCGAACGGCGUUGGCAUCGCGCGGGCCCUGCUGCACCAGCUUUCGAAGGGCACCCCGCCCGGCUACGCCCACAUAUUUUCAAUGAGCGACACCAAUUUUGAUCCUCUGCGGGUGCUCUUCAACCUGACAUGGACUCCGUUGCACUACGCGGGCAGUGUCGGCCCGACACCGCCAAACGUGGGCUUGAUGUUCACCAAGCGGCCGACAGGCGAGGUCAACAUCGACGCGGUCACGGUGAACUUCGACGGCACCCUCUCUCCAUCGGUGAGUUCUGUGCCGGCGAGCCCAGCGAGUACGAGCUUAGCCGAUCUCGAGCACAGGAUGGCGGUGGCCUUGCGGGACUACCCUGCCGCGAGGGCCUGCGCGCAGAGGCAGGAUGCCCUGCUGGUAUGA